AUCAAUUCUUUCCCCUUGCUCAAAGGAUUCCACCUUACCUGACAUUCCUAAAUUGCUACUACAAUGUUUCAAUAGCGUAUAGAAAAAAAAUCAGCCAUUCUGAAGAUUGGAGUGACAAUUACAGUUACAUAAUGUUAAAAAAGCUUCUGAUUGCGAUUGGAUUUUUAUUUCAGUUAAGUUUGACAAGUGCUGAAGGAGAAUGUCCUUAUGAGGGUGAAAAAAGACUGAACAACGAUAAAGGGAAAGAGUAUGCUGUAGUUAACCCAGACAUUCCAGGAGCCUUUGACUUUUAUCCAGAACUUCCAACAAAAGUAGAUGGAGAUUCUGGAGAGAAUUUUAUUAUUUAUAAGAUAGGAAAUGGCACUCAAUGUUUUUUUUCCGUUUAUGUAAAAAUUCUUAAGUGUGACCAGGAAGUCAGCAGUAUAAGUGAUUUUGAAGGUGGCACAAACUGCUCCGACCUGAUAUGGGGGAGAUCAUGUAAUGCUGCCUGUUCUAAUGGUAAAGUGUCUGUUGGUGGACCAGCAGAGUAUACAUGUGAAAGGGAUAAUAAUAACAGGACUUUUCUAAAAAUAGAUCACCCUGCUGUAUGUCAAGAUUCUGCUUAUGCUGUUAAAUGUCCACAAGAUGUGACAAUCUUCCCGGAAUCAACUUACAGUCGCUCUACAGCCAUCACAUUAGAUAAAUGGACUAUUCCAACUUCACUAGACAGUAAUGGAAAUCCUUGGACGGUGGAAAGCCAAACAGCAAAGGAAAAAAAUUAUGAAAUUGGCAGAUACACCAACAUAGUGACAGCUUACAGUUCAACAGGGGAAAUCAGUAUUUGCAAAUUUGACUUCAUCAUUAAACGAUUAGGAUGUACAGUUCCUCAAGUGGAGGAUUCUACAAUAGAAGGUGCUACACCUAACCGUACAUAUAUUAUCUCAACAUACGGGGAGAAGAAGAUAUGCAAACAGGGCUAUGCUUUGAAACCAAAAAAGAAUUACCGUGACUUUGUGAGAGUAGAAUGUGUAGAGACAUCACCUGGACAAACAGAGUGGAAGCAUUGGUACAGUCGAAACUGUACAAAAAAUGAAGUACCUAAGAUCUGUGAUAGACAGGUUAAGCUUGAUGGAGAAGAAUCAGAAAUUGCCUUUUUAAGUUAUGAUUUUAUGGAAUGGAAGAGCUUGGUUGAACAAAAUAUAACUUCAUGCAAGUUUGGGGCUAUUGUAAAUGUUGAUAAACCAUCAAUGUAUGAUCUGGAAAUGACAUUCCAAACAGACACAUCUAUACCUCUUACUGCGGACAAAUGUUUCUUUGAAGUCUUAUUAUAUGCUGGUGAAUCAUCGCUUGGUACCCCUAUGAAGAAGUUUGAUUGCAACCUUAAGGGAUCUGUAAAAAUAAUAUGGCCAACUCUCGAUUUUACAUUAGUGUUCCGAGUUUUGGACAGUUUCAAGUCUCAACAAAAUACAGAUUUGACAGGAAAUGGAACAAUACUUUUCUCAAUGAAAGAAUGUUCUAACUGUGCUCUCUCUGAUUUAACAGGACUUGAUGUUAUGGUAUCUGAAAUACCAUCUUUCAAAUUUAACCCAUUCCUUCCCUGUAAAAUGGAUGGUUGUUUGGAAGAUUCACUUCAAAUGUUUAAAAUAAAACGUGCACCAAAUACCCGAGAUCAAAUGUUUGAAUUAGCAUACAAAACAUGCACUGCUAACAUAGAGGUACAAAGUAAUACAAAGAAGAUAUGUUUCCGCCAAGCAAAUCUUAAUGAAAAACUUCAUGACCGCUGUAGACCAGCUACAGAUAAAUACCGCCACAUUCUUAUACAUAUGGAUUCUGUUUUCACUUUGGUUAUUAAAUGUGAUGAUCUUCAGGGAUGGUGGUGUUUACCUCAGGAUUUUCCAAAAUUUCAAAAUCUGACGAUCACAUGGAAUUUGAUAUACCUCCAUGGUACCGUUACAGAAGAGCUAUGGGUACUUUCUGCAUCCUCCGGCAAUAAUAGCCAAGCCUGCUCACAGCCUAUCAUUUAUACUACACCCACACCAGUAAAGGUUACUCGAGCUCCUAAGGAAGAUAACAGUGGUUUAUCGACUCCAAGAAUACUAGGGAUAGUGUUUGGUGUAUUGUCAGCUUUAUGUACAUGUUGUGUAGGUGGAUAUUGCUGCUGCUGCAAGAAGAGAAAAUCACAAGAAACACCAGAAACUGUUCCUGAUGUCAAACUGUCUAUGCUUGAUGAACAUAAUGACAACCAUUAAUUGAAUUCAUACUUCGGGUCAAGUAAUGGAUUUCAAUUGAAUUAAAUUCAGAAUUCAAGGUGACAGAAAGAACUAAGCUGCCAUUUGAAACUUGGAAUUAUUAUGUGCCUAAAAGAAGAAACACUACUUAUGUUAAAUGCAAUUGGAAAUGUUUGACAUUUAUCACUAAUGGAAAUUAUAACAUGAUGACCUGUGAUUUUGUUUCCUUGAUGGAGCUAAACACAACCAUAUUUGUAUAAUUUCAUUGCAGUCUAUGGCAUCAUUUUAUGUCAAAAUUGAAAUGAUUGCUAGCUUAAUUUUACUUAGUUUUACUUAAAUUUAAAUGAGUACUAAUUUGUUAUUGCAAUUUUUAGGGGCAUUGUGAUUGUUUUGUUUGUUUUGUUUUGUGUUUUAUAUAUCAGGGCAGAAAUACAGUUUUAAAUAAACUCAUCAUAGAAAAACAGAAUUAAAAUUUAAUGUAUGCAAGAGGCGUGUUUCUAUAAUUGAUAAAAGUCUACCUCAUUUAGAUCAAGAUUUUUGCAGCAACAUUGCAUCACAUAUAGGAACAAAUAAAUCAGAAGCAGAGACACAGAUAACACUUGCUUAUGUGACUUUUCAGGAAUUGAAAGAUAUUUUUCAUCACUUCUCAAAAAUGUUAUUUGAAAAAUGCUUGAUGAUAAGGAAAACUUAAUUGUUAUUACUAAUAUUAAGGUUGUUCAGAGUGUUCAAUUUAGAGAAAUUGUCAGAUGGUUGUUUAUUUUUCUUUCUCCAUUAUUUCUAUAUUUGUCUUUUCAUAACAAGAUUCAGAAGUAAGUAUCUCAAUUAUAGUUGUGAAAAACACAGUUUUCUUUACAAUAAAGAGCAUUAAAAAGUAGGGGAAAGGGUAUAUGUCAGAAAAAAAUUAAUAAACAUGAAAUGAAAGUGUGAAUUCAUUAUGAGCAGACAUAUUUUUAUUGGGUUUUGUCACUCCUUACUUUUUCCCAAAAGAUCCAUGGUUUCAAACUAUUUUGCAUUGUUUGUUUAUUGUCUGAAAUGUAUGCUUUUUC